AUGAUCAAUAAAACAAACCGAAUCAUUCAAGAUGGUUUAUUUCAAAAGGAGAUUUUUAUUUUGAAAAAAAAUCACAUCACCUUAUUAACUACACUUCAGUUAUCGAUGAAUAUUUUGACUAGAAAAUUUGUUUUACCAUCAUCAUCAUCAUCAUCAUCAUCAUCAUCAUCAUCAUCAUCAUCAUCAUCAUCAUCAUCAUCAUCAUCAUCAUCAUCAUCAUCAUCAUCAUCAUCAUCAUCAUCAUCAUCAUCAUCAUCAUCAUCAUCAUCAUCAUCAUCAUCAUCAUCAUCAUCAUCAUCAUCAUCAUCAUCAUCAUCAUCAUCAUCAUCAUCAUCAUCAUCAUCAUCAUCAUCAUCAUCAUCAUCAUCAUCAUCAUCAUCAUCAUCAUCAUCAUCAUCAUCAUCAUCAUCAUCAUCAUCAUCAUCAUCAUCAUCAUCAUCAUCAUCAUCAUCAUCAUCAUCAUCAUCAUCAUCAUCAUCAUCAUCAUCAUCAUCAUCAUCAUCAUCAUCAUCAUCAUCAUCAUCAUCAUCAUCAUCAUCAUCAUCAUCAUCAUCAUCAUCAUCAUCAUCAUCAUCAUCAUCAUCAUCAUCAUCAUCAUCAUCAUCAUCAUCAUCAUCAUCAUCAUCAUCAUCAUCAUCAUCAUCAUCAUCAUCAUCAUCAUCAUCAUCAUCAUCAUCAUCAUCAUCAUCAUCAUCAUCAUCAUCAUCAUCAUCAUCAUCAUCAUCAUCAUCAUCAUCAUCAUCAUCAUCAUCAUCAUCAUCAUCAUCAUCAUCAUCAUCAUCAUCAUCAUCAUCAUCCGAUUUUGAUAAAAUCAAUUAA